AUGUCCCCACGCAAGAGGCUGAGAAACCUCGUACACAACCUAAAGGACAAAGCCUCAGUCAUCGUCGCAUCUUUAUCAAUCAAGCGCCACGUGUCCUCCAUUCGCGUCCAUGUCCUUCGCGCCACCACUCACAACUUCUCCACUCCCCCAUCGGAAGCCCGAAUCGCCGCCAUCCUAUCCGCCGGCCGCGGCUCUUAUAUCCUGCCGCGCGCCUGCAUAAACGCCCUCAUGGACCGCCUUCACAAAACCCAGAACGCCACGGUGGCACUGAAAUGCCUCUUCACCUUACACAACAUAAUAGCCAAAGGACCCUUAACGUUAAAGGACAACCUCUCCUAUUACCCUUCCCACGGUGGCCACAACGCCCUUAACCUCUCUUCCUUCCGUGACAACGCGGACCUUGAGGCCUUAGAGCUUAGCACGUGGGUUCGUUGGUACGCGAAGGUUCUAGAACAUGUGCUAACGGUUUCGAGGGUUUUGGGUUAUUAUCUUAGCUCGAGUGACGGAACAGAAAGAGAGCAUUUGGGGGUGUCCAGUGGUGAGUUGUUGGGUGAAAUACAUGGUCUUGUGGAUUUUGCGGAGCGUGUGAGUCACGUGCCUGACACGUUGCACUUGCAGAGGAAUGACUUGGUGUAUGAGGUGGUGAGAUUGGUGGGGGAAGAUUACGGGCGAGUUCAGCGUGAGAUUUUGCUGCGCGUGGAGGAGAUUGGGAAGAGGAUGGGACGUUUUGACGUGGGGGAGUUGAGGGAGUUGGUGAGUUGUUUGAAAAGGUUGGAGGAGAGCAAGGGAAGGUUAGUGCUUUUGUUUGUCAACAGAAAGAGAAACGAUGCGUUCUGGGAAGUGAUUGGUGGGGUUAAGAGCAAGGGAGUGGUGAUGAUGGACGAGAUAGAGGGGAAGUGGAUGACGGUGGUGACGGCGAAGAACGAGUCGACUCGGUUCACGAACCCGUUUCUUGACCCGGGGCAAUUGGUUCCGGUCCUACCUGGUGGAGCUUGGCCAGGUGUCACCCGAAACGAGUUUCUUUUAACUGUUCCAACGGUGGGAUGA